GGCAACAUGAGCGAUGGAUCUCUUGUUAGUUUUUUUUAAUACAAUAAUUUAGAUGUGAUCGAUGGUUUAUUUAAACACCUUUACACAGGUUCUUAUUUUAAUAUAUACCCCCACUUUUGAAAAUUGUUCCCUAGUAAAAAAAAUCGUCGUUAAAGCAAGGCUGAACAUAGAAUUCCUGGUUGAACCUAUGAACGCUAAAGACUCGUAAGAAGACUAGCUACUGUACUUUUUUCUGGUAUUUAUAGAAAGGCUUGGGAAAGAAAAAAAAAAAAAAAAGAAAAAAAAGGUUAGUCAUAUUAUAGUGGAAAGUUUGUAACUAUUUUGAUGUUUUCUUCAUAUCUCUGAGAAUAUAUAACUUGAGAUUCAGGAUUUUAUACGAUUAGGCGAAACACUUAUAUGGCCAACCGGUUGUCAAAUGAAGAGCUGCGAAAAUCACUUCAGGAUUAUGGAGAAGAUGUGGGUCCGAUCACACCCACAACUAGAUCUGUAUGGGAAAAGAAACUCUUAGCUCUUAGGAAAACGAAUGUUCCAGCUACAAUGACUCGCGGCCUGAACGCAUUCAGUUCGGACGACAGUGAAAUUGAGGGUGUAGUAUCGGGUAGUAUCAGGGUUCGUAAGAAACGAACAUUUAAUCGAAAUGAAUCUGUGGUUCGCCCCGAGAGAAUGAGCUUAAUUCGUCCUCGUGAAAUGAAAUCUUCACCUGAAACAGAUGUUUUUAAGAAGCCCUCACCUGUGCACAUAAUUAUUCCGGGUCAGGACAGAAAAGCACAUUAUGACAGCCCUCUUCACCGUAAUCAGAACACUAAAUCAAAAACGAGAAAGAGUUUUGGAAAGCAAACAUCAUUUGAUGUAGAAACUUCUGAUUCAGAUUUUGAUACUGAAAGCCCUUAUAUGCCUGGAAAAUCAGCUAGGCUGAGGAAAAAAACACCACCUAAUAUUUCAUCUGAUUACCGUGGUAUGAAUCUGAGAAAACUCAAUGAAGAUGGUACAAAAUAUGAAAAUUCUGUCACAAGAAAAUCUCUAAAUUCGCAUUGGACUUCAGACACUCAGCAUUCUCUUCAUCAUUUCAGCACUACUCUAAACAGAUUAAAGAGAGAGCACAUAGAUCCAGGAUAUCGUACGAAUGGUUAUUUACCAAAUACCAUUUCUAAUGGGGAAUUCCACGAAGAAAAGGUACAGGGAUCAAGUACAAACUACUCUCAUUGUGUUUCCUGGCUGCUUGUCGUGGGAGUUGUUGCAUUUUUUGUUUUAAUUGGGGCUUUAUACAUGACUGAAGUGCAAAAAACUACUCAAACGGCUAACAAAAGUCAUUCAAAAUUCUGCAGUGAAGUUCCAGAGGAACAAUGCAAGUUGCUUAUUCUGAUAUCUCAAGAACUACAUCACUUGUUAACUACAGUUGCCGGUAACAUUUAAUUUCUUAUUUACAGUAUAACUUUAUUAAAUA